GAAAAUAUUGUAGUAGGGCAUAUACAACAGUUGCAAUCAGCUUAGGCUAAAAUCAAGAAAAUAACCAACUAAUAAAACGCGCAUAUAUAAUUUAAACGUGGGCAGCCCUCUGCCUAACGGUGCAUGCUAAUAAUUCAUGAGAAUAAACAUUCAUUUUUUAUAUGCACACAAAUAAGAGAUACUAUUUAUGUACACAUGCGCACGCACAAAAGGCAACAGCUGGUCGCAAUAUUGUAAACAUUAAAAUUCAACUAGAGCCCGCAAUCGAAGUGCCGCUGCCCCGCCAUUCCGCCAGCCGCUCACUCCGUAGAUUUCGCUAUCAGCAAGUAUUUCAUUAAUUUAAUACUUAUUUAUAUGUGUGCGUGUGUAUCUGUGCGCCGUCGUCUAGUUGAUUAUCGCUGCCGCCUACUCCCAACUGGAGCAUGCUGUCGUCGUAGUCAGCGUCAUCAGCGUCAUCGUCACAUUGAUUAGUAGGGGGCAAGGUUGGGGGAACAGUGGAACAGUGGAACAGUGCGUCACGUUUGCUGAUAAGCGGCGAUCGAUAUGUCCGCAACAGUUGCCGCCGGUGAGAAGAACCUGUUGCGUGGCCUAAAUAAGCUGCGCUCCCAGGGCAAGCUGACAGAUGUGACGCUCAUCGUGGAGGAUCAUCGCUUCAAGGCGCAUCGCGUGGUGCUGGCGGCCAGUAGCGACUACUUUUGCGCCAUGUUCGCGAACUGUGCCAUGAUCGAGUCGCGUAAGGAGGAGAUCACACUGUAUGGCGUUACGGCGCGCGCUAUGAGCCGCAUCAUAAUCUUUAUAUAUACAUCGCUGCUGGAAUUGAAUGUGGACAAUGUGGAGGAAACGCUGGCGGCAGCCACCCAUGUCCAGGUCAAGGAGGUCAUUGAGCGCUGUACCGUUUUUCUCGAGCAAAAGAUUAGCAUGGACAACUGCCUGGCCAUAGCAAGCAUGGCCGAGAUUUAUGGUCAACUGGCGCUCGCCGAGCGCGCCUUUCGCUAUAUAUGCGCACACUUUAAGGAGUUUGCCGCCAGCAAUGACUUCAAGGAUGUCAAACUGGAGCAGCUGCACUUUAUACUUUCCAGCAACUAUCCGAUUGAUGUCAGCGAACCGGAGCUGGUGCGUCUGCUCUGCAGCUACGCGCUCGAACAGCAGCUGGACGAUGGCGCGUUGCUCGAGCUGCUCCACCUUAUCAAAUGGCAGUACAUCAGCUGCGACGAACUGAAAUCGCUGCGUCAUCACAACUACUCGCUGGUCGAGAAGUAUCUGGCCAAGCUGCAUGAGAGCGGCACCGUCCAGGAGUCAAGCUCUGAGGCACUCGAGCACUGCCUGCAGCAGGGCCAGGGGCCCACCAAUAUGCGCGGCAUGGAACUGAGUCUGCUCAAAAUUGGCGGUUUCGAGUGGAAGGGUCUGACCAAUGAGAUUAUGUGCUUCUCGCCAACUAAAAUGAAGUGGUACGAGUUAACCUCCAUACCGCAUAUUGAUCAAUGCAACUUUGGCACUGCCGUUCUGAACAACGAACUCUUCAUUGUAGGCGGUGCUUACGAUGUGUGCCUUAAGGAGUAUAUUCAUCCGUUUGGAUUUCGCUACUGCCCGCUGCGCGACUCCUGGGUGACGAUAGCACCCAUACAGCUGGAUCGCUGCCGCUUCUCGCUCAAUGCUGUUGGCAAGCAGCAUCUGUAUGCCGUCGGUGGCAUCGUUGAGCACGACGAUAAUUCCGAGGAGGCACUGCGUCGCAUAUCCAACGUGGAGCGUUAUGACAUUGUCAGCAAUACGUGGACUUAUAUGCCUAGCCUGCAGGAAAAUCGCAGCCAGCAUGCGGGCGUCGUUGUCGGCGACAAGCUCUAUAUCUCCGGCGGCAUACACCUGGCUAACAUAUUGUCUAGCACAUGGUGCUUCGACACGAAGAGCGAACGUUGGAUGGAACUGGCGCCGAUGCCGACGCCAUGCUGUGACCAUGUGCUGGUGGCAAUUGACAAUCGCAUCUAUGCGUGCGGCGGCUGGCACGAGACGCUGAGGGAGUCACGCGUGCUGGUGGAGCACAUCUAUGCGUAUGAUAUUAAGAGCAAUACGUGGAGCGUGGAAACUAAAAUACCCGCACCAAAAUUCUAUUCGGGCGUCACCUCAAUGCGUCGCACCAUAUUUUUUGUGGGCGGACUGGACUCAACGGAGUCGAUUGAUCGCGCCAGUUCGGAGACCAUGGCGUACGAUCUGGACACAGGCAACUGGUGGCAUCGCAAGGACUCAUGGGAUACACCAAACGAUGUCUGGGAAUCGACAUGUGCCGCCAUUUAUGUGCCCAGCUUUGACUCCUAGCAGCGUGUCCCAAACAGCGCGCCCUUUGCAACGAAUUUACUCGAGAUCUGAUUUGAUAACAACGCAAUGCAACUAUAUAGAAAUGCCCCCAAACCCAUGCUGAAAAUGCUAUUCCCAUGUUACUACUGUACAGUGAAGCAAUGUGCCAAGCAAGGCCACCAAAACGAUUGUUAAUAGCAGGUCAACCGUUCGAAUAUUUAACUAUUAGUUAAUAUCUAGAAAACGAUUUAAAAUAAACAUUUUCUUUUUGUUAGU